AUGAACUCCUCCGCGACCACCUCUCAGAUCAAUCCGCUUUCCUCGCUUCCGUCUCCAGAUAGCACAUACGGCGCAUACCUCCUUGGCACCAACGUUAGCCUUAUAUUGUACGGAAUCAGUCUGUUUCAGCUCUAUAGAUACCUUCGCCUGUAUCGUACGGACGCGUUGUACAUUCGUGUUAUAAUUUUCGCUGUGAUGUUCCUAGAAACCGUACACGUCCCCAUGAUCAUACAUACAUGUUACUAUCUCCUGGUCUCAAAUUACGCCAAUUCGCAAUCUUUCAUUUCGCCGCCGCCCUGGUCCCUCAAGCUCUCACCUGCCCUCGCAACCAUAAUCACGUUCACCGCACAAAUGCAUGUUUUUUGCUCGCCGAGUGUGUUUGCGAACGACUUGGGCAGUUUGUCCGGCUUUAAUCGGUCCAACGAAUGGCUUUUCUCUGCAGCAAUUUUUCCUGCCUCUGUCGCUGAUGGUUUGCUUUCGGGCGCCAUCAUCGUCGGGCUACGCCGCAGUCGCAAAACUUACACUCGCGUUCAAAGCUCUCACGAGCUGUUCAUGCUUUACGUUGUGAAAAGUGGGCUAUUCACGGGUCUCAUUAAUUUACUACCCUCCAUAAUGGCAGUGGUACAGCCCAAAACAUAUGUUUGGGCUGCGACCAGCUUCACUCCCACCCGUAUCUAUGCGAUGACGCUGCUUUGCGUACUUAACUCUCGCGAGCGCCUCGUUGGCCGCGGACUGGAGAUAUUCGGGAGGGAGGCUUCCACGCGCAAUAUCUUCGCCAGAGCCAACCACCUGGCGGCGGUCGAGCAAUGGAACGCCCCUGUGAUGCCGGACAAUGAGCCGACGAAGAUCGCUAUCAAUAUCACGGCAGAGACGGAAUCCGACAUGCCUGGCACCGCGUCGGCGAAGACAUUUCACUCAAACCAUCUCGCGGAGUCGAUCAAGACCCAAGGGAUGGCCUGCGACGACUCCCUGUGA